AAUAAUCGGGUUUGAAAUGCGUGUAAUGAGAAGCGUGCGUAAGUUAAGUGUGGAAUAGUUUCGAUGGAAGAGUACUAGGCGAUAGCUUAAACUUGAGAAAUGAGUUGGGAGCAAAAAUAAGAUACAGCCCUGAGUAGGGCCGCCAUUGCGGGUAAAUGCACGAGCCGCCUGCAUUCUCCACCGAGGGUACCACAGAAUGCGAUCGUGCGACGUUGCCCGUGAGCAAUCUUCCAAUUCAUCUUUGGUAGAGUCUAUCUACUACUAUUAAGUACAUUGCUGCCUCGAAGUUGGCUCCGACUAAAGAAUGUCUAACCUGAAAGAUACCAGGUGCCACGAUUAAAUAAAUGUAAACAAUUAGUAGAAAUAAUAAGUACUCUGUUAAGUGUUUCAUAAUUACAAGAUGUCUACGGUAGACAAUGAGAGUACUAAGCAUAAAUCUCACAGAGAUCGCAAUGCCGGUCGCAAGGCGGAAAAGAAAAAGGCGAAAAACGUGCACAUUCAGGAGUUAUCGGGCAAACAGAAAAAUCCUAAAGCAUUUACAUUUAACUCUGCCAUCAAAGCGGAGAGGAGAUUUAGACGUAAGCAGGAUAUCGAGGCAAAGAGGCAGCAUUUACCUUUAGUGGAUCGAACGCCCCUAGAACCACCUCCGGUCUUAGUCGCAGUAGUCGGACCUCCUAAAGUAGGCAAAUCUUUGGUGAUCCAAUGCUUAAUAAAGGCUUUUGCACGGCAACCUCUGACUAGCAUCAUAGGACCGGUCACUGUGGUUUCUGGGAAGAAACAAAGAAUCACGUUCAUGGAGUGCAACAACGACGUUAACAGUAUGAUCGACAUCGCUAAAGUAGCAGAUCUAGUACUGCUCCUUGUGGAUGCCUCCUUUGGAUUUGAAAUGGAAAUAUUUGAAUUCUUAAACAUAUGUCAAGUCCAUGGUAUGCCUAGAAUUAUGGGAGUUUUAACUCAUUUGGAUCUAAUAAAAAAUGCAAAACAAUUAAGGAAAACUAAGAAACAGUUGAAGCACCGCUUUUGGACCGAAGUCUAUGCGGGUGCGAAAUUGUUUUAUCUUUCUGGUUUACUUCACGAUGAGUACCUGAGGAAUGAAAUAAAAAAUCUAUCCAGGUUCAUAUCGGUUAUGAAAUUUAGGCCUUUAACUUGGCGCACGACUCAUCCCUAUUUGUUAGCGGACAGAAUUGAGGAUUUGACAUCUCCUGAAUUAAUACGCAAAGAUGUAAAAGUUGAUAGAACGAUUAGUUUAUAUGGUUAUGUCCGAGGAGUUCCCUUCAAUAAACAGUCAUCUGUUCAUAUACCUGGAUGCGGGGAUUUGAAAAUUAAAGAUAUUAGUUUUCUCCCUGAUCCUUGUCCUCUUCCGGAGCAUCUAAAAAAACGAUCACUUAUUGAGAAGGAACGUUUAAUUUAUGCUCCAUUUUCUGGUGUUGGUGGCAUUGUUUAUGAUAAAGAUGCUGUAUAUGUGGAAUUGGGUGGCAGUCAUUCCUAUAAAGAGGAUGAUACUGGUCUAAUUGGUUCAUUGAUGGCAACGCAAGAGACACUGGAUAAAAAGCUACAGCACAGUGAGCUACAGAUAUUUAGUGAAUCGGCACCUAUAAAGGCAAAAGAUGUCACCGACGAUUUUUGUACUCCGGUAUAUGAUGAAAGUAAAUCUGGAGAUAAAAGAAUUAGAAGAAAAGUUACAUUUAAAGAUUCCAAUGAUAGUGAUCAAGGGAAUGAAUCCAGUGACGACGACGAUGAACUUCCUAACGUCAACAAGGACCAAUCAGAAUUAGAAUCUGAUAAUGACAUGAUGUCUGUAGAUGAUUCUGACAGCGAUGAGGCAUCAGAGAAAGGUACCUCGAAGAGGAAAAGAAAAGGAAUAACUUCUAAAAAUGAGGAAAAGAAAAUGGUGAAAAAAAGAAAAUUUGAUGUUCUCAAUGCCAAUGAUUUGGACGAAGAACUUAAAAUUCUUAGGGCUAAAGGCGUAAAGCAUGAAGGUACAAAAAAAGAAGACAAAUUUGAAGAACAGAUCUACAAACGACCAAGUAAAAAUCCAGAAAAUCAUGUUAAAAGUAAAAUAGCCGAAGCACUCAACAUGUUGAAUGCAGAGGAGCGGGAGGGCAACUCAAGGCUAGAUUCUGAUGAUGUUAGGAAUGAAGAAAGCUUUGACGAACUGAGUGAAGAUGAACUGGAAGCAAGAGAGAAUAUGGAAAUUGAUAAGUUAAACCAUGACAUCGACAGUGACGAGAAUGAAGAGGAUGACGAUGAAAAGAAUGAAGACGAAGAAGAAGAUGAAGAUAAUUUAAAUUGGAAGUCUAAUUUAACCGAGAAAGCCAGUCAAGCAUUUAUUGCUCGACAACAGAGUACCAGGAAUCUAAUGAAGGUAGUUUAUGGAGUAUUUAACGAAUCUACUAGCAGUCGAGAGAAUGUCGAUUCUAAAGAAGAUCGUGAUGAAGAAGAAGAAAUUGGUGGAAUUUUUCGAGCGAUGACAAGACAGCAAAAAGAAAAGCUAAGAGAUCGCGAAUUGAAGAAUCAAGAGGAAAGUGUAUUCUAUUCUUCCGAGCCACCACGCGAUUGGUUAUUCGAAGACAACAAAGUUUUCUUAACAAAUCGUUUCGUAACGGGCAAAUGGAAGGAAUCCGAAGAUGCUGAAAUGUUGCUAAAGCUCGACGACAUGAGCGAUGAAGAAUUAUAUGGCGAUUUCGAGGAUUUAGAAACAAAGGAGAAACACCUAGCGGAAACAUCUAAAGACCAGAAAUCUUCCAAGGAGAUUCCAAUAGAUGACACUGAAGAGAAGAAAAAGCUACUGGAAAAAAAGAGAGAACUCAAAGAAAAAUUCGAUUCCGAGUAUGACAAUGGCGAAGGUAAGACCUAUUAUGAUGAGUUAAAAUCCGAAGCCGAAAAGCAGGCACAAUUGAAUAGGUCUGAAUUUGAAAACAUGGAUGACGAAGCCAGAGUACAGCUCGAAGGAUUUCGAGCAGGCAUGUAUGUCCGCAUUGAAAUAGAGUCUGUUCCCUCCGAGCUAAUAACUCAUUUAGAUCCCACGUAUCCUCUCGUGGUCGGAGGGUUGCUUCAUAGAGAAGAAAAUAUUGGUAUGGUACAGACUAGGAUAAAGAAACACCGUUGGUACUCCAAGAUCUUAAAGAGCAAAGAUCCUAUCAUCUUGUCGAUAGGCUGGAGACGUUUCCAGACACUGCCGAUUUAUUCCAAGUUGGAGGACAAUCUGCGAAGCAGAAUGCUGAAGUACACUCCGGAGCAUGUGGCAUGUAUGGCUCAUUUCUGGGGACCGAUAACUCCACAAGGUAGCGGAGUGUUAGCUAUACAAGAUGUUUCAGUGAGAACACCAGGUUUUCGGAUAGCUGCUACAGGGUCCAUUGUUGAAAUUGACAAGACGGCUCAAGUUAUGAAGAAGCUAAAACUUACCGGUGUGCCAAUGAAGAUCUACAAGAAAACAGCUUUUAUUAAAGACAUGUUCAACUCUAGUUUGGAAGUGGCCAAGUUUGAAGGUGCAAAAAUAAAAACUGUGUCGGGUAUACGAGGACAAAUAAAAAAAGCUGUGUCAAAGCCCGAAGGCUGCUUUCGAGCAACAUUUGAGGAUAAAAUAUUACUGAGUGACAUCGUCUUCUGUCGUACUUGGUAUACCGUCGAAGUGCCUCGCUUUUAUAAUCCAGUCACAUCGCUCUUACUGCCACCUUCGACGAAGAGUCAGUGGCGUGGCAUGAAAACAACUGGCCAACUGAAAAGAGAGAAUAAAAUUCGUGUAGAGCCUAAUGUCGAUUCCCUGUACACACCCAUCGAAAGAGAGGUUAGGGUUUUCAAACCCUUGGUGAUCCCUAAAUCCUUGCAGAAGGAUUUACCUUACCGCGACAAACCGAAAUUGCCUGGAACCCAUAAGCAUACCUUCGAAGAGAAGCGUGUAGCUGUUGUCAGAGAACCUAAAGAAGAGAAUAUCGCUAGAUUAAUGAAAAUGAUCAAAACGACGUACAAUCGUAAGCAGGAACAACUCAAAGAAGCUACCAGUAAACGAAUGGCUGCACAUCAAGCCCAGGUCGAGGCAGAAGAGGCUAAAAAAUUACAGAGACAGAAGGAAUUGAAAAAGCAAGUUUUCAGGCAACUCAGCAAAAUGGAAGCUAAAAAUAAGAAACGAGCUUCAAAGAGUUAAGUAUUUUCGUAAGGUGACUUCGCGGUGUACGAUUUUGUAUAUUAUUAAAAUAUACCUGUUAUAUAUAAAUAUAUUUACAUGUACCGUUUGUA